AGUUUAGGCGCACUUUUCAAUGGACUCAAAUCGGGCGCAGCCAACGCGGAAUAUUCACAAAUAAUAAUUAAGUGAAAACCCAUAACAAUAAAUAUUCGAUAUUACAUUUGAGCUUAAUUCGGUGCGCUUAAUGUCCGGUCAGUGAGUCGCGAGUUUUUGGCUAGGAUUACGGAGCAGUCGAUCUCAAGCAGCGAGGAUGGUUCAGUUCCUGGGCAAACAGGGCACCGCGGGUGUUUUUAUUUCAUUUGGAAUGCACAAUCCUUUCCCAGAGCUCAUUCACAUGGUGACCCUGGACAAGACGGGCAAGAAGUCCUUCGGCAUCUGCAUAGUGCGCGGCGAGGUGAAGGAUUCGCCCAACACCAAGACCACCGGCAUCUUCAUCAAGGGCAUUGUGCCCGACAGUCCCGCGCAUCUGUGUGGUCGCCUAAAGGUUGGCGAUCGGAUCCUCUCGCUCAACGGAAAGGAUGUGCGCAACUCCACCGAACAGGCGGUCAUCGAUCUCAUCAAGGAGGCGGACUUCAAGAUCGAACUGGAGAUUCAGACCUUCGACAAGAGCGAUGAGCAGCAGGCCAAGUCAGAUCCGCGGAGCAAUGGCUACAUGCAGGCCAAGAACAAGUUCAACCAGGAGCAGACCACCAACAACAAUGCGUCCGGAGGUCAGGGAAUGGGGCAAGGUCAGGGUCAGGGUCAGGGAAUGGCUGGCAUGAACCGGCAGCAAUCGAUGCAGAAGCGGAAUACCACAUUCACGGCCUCGAUGCGUCAGAAGCAUAGUAACUACGCCGACGAGGAUGACGAGGACACCCGGGACAUGACCGGUCGCAUUCGCACGGAGGCGGGUUAUGAGAUCGAUCGAGCAUCCGCCGGUAAUUGCAAACUCAACAAGCAGGAAAAGGAUCGCGACAAGGAGCAGGAAGAUGAAUUUGGCUACACGAUGGCUAAGAUCAACAAGCGGUACAACAUGAUGAAGGAUCUGCGCAGGAUCGAGGUCCAGAGGGACGCCAGCAAGCCACUGGGACUCGCACUCGCUGGCCACAAGGACCGCCAGAAGAUGGCCUGCUUUGUUGCCGGUGUGGAUCCCAACGGAGCAUUGGGUAGCGUGGACAUCAAACCGGGCGACGAGAUCGUCGAGGUCAACGGCAAUGUGCUGAAGAAUCGCUGCCACUUGAACGCUUCCGCCGUGUUCAAGAACGUGGAUGGGGAUAAGCUCGUGAUGAUCACCUCGCGACGCAAGCCCAACGAUGAGGGCAUGUGCGUCAAGCCCAUCAAGAAGUUCCCCACCGCGUCUGAUGAGACUAAGUUUAUCUUCGACCAGUUUCCCAAGGCGCGCACGGUGCAGGUGCGCAAGGAGGGUUUCCUGGGCAUCAUGGUCAUCUAUGGCAAGCACGCUGAGGUGGGAAGUGGCAUUUUCAUCUCGGAUCUGAGAGAGGGAUCGAAUGCCGAGUUGGCGGGCGUGAAAGUGGGCGACAUGCUGCUGGCCGUUAAUCAGGAUGUAACACUGGAAUCCAACUACGAUGAUGCUACUGGACUGCUUAAACGUGCCGAGGGCGUAGUGACCAUGAUUCUAUUGACUCUCAAGAGCGAGGAGGCGAUAAAGGCUGAGAAGGCGGCGGAAGAGAAAAAGAAGGAGGAGGCCAAGAAAGAGGAGGAAAAGCCACAGGAACCCGCCACAGCCGAGAUCAAGCCGAACAAAAAGAUACUCAUUGAGUUGAAGGUGGAAAAGAAGCCAAUGGGCGUCAUCGUCUGCGGCGGCAAGAACAACCAUGUCACGACUGGCUGUGUAAUCACCCACGUUUAUCCGGAGGGACAAGUGGCAGCCGACAAGCGCCUCAAGAUCUUUGACCACAUUUGCGAUAUAAAUGGUACGCCAAUCCACGUGGGAUCCAUGACGACACUGAAGGUCCAUCAGUUAUUCCACACCACAUACGAGAAAGCGGUCACCCUAACGGUCUUCCGCGCUGAUCCUCCGGAGCUGGAAAAGUUUAACGUUGACCUUAUGAAAAAAGCAGGCAAGGAGCUGGGCCUGUCGCUUUCUCCCAACGAAAUUGGAUGUACCAUCGCGGACUUGAUUCAAGGACAAUACCCGGAGAUAGACAGCAAACUGCAGCGCGGCGAUAUUAUCACCAAAUUCAAUGGCGAUGCCUUGGAGGGUCUUCCGUUCCAGGUGUGCUACGCCUUGUUCAAGGGAGCCAACGGCAAGGUAUCGAUGGAAGUGACACGACCCAAGCCCACUCUACGUACGGAGGCACCCAAGGCCUAGAGACGAUCCUCAUUCUCCUCCUCCGGUAGCGAAGCAGUGCAGCAAUUCAAUAAAAGAACCAACAAUUCGAAUUC